CUAAAACCUAUGAUUUUCUAUAUGAAUGUUGCUACCAAAGAAUUAGAAUCAAUUUUAUAAAAAAUAUCGUUAUAUUCAUAUGUGCAUGUUUAUCUUAGUCAAAAGUUUGUUUUUUUUCGCACAAUCAUCACAAUCGAAACCACUGGUUUGUGUGUCUAGUGUGUCACAGUUGUUAGUAAUGAAACACAAUGUAAAGUGAGUAAAUACUUGUUUAAUUUCCAUUGCUUCUUGAAUCAGUGCUGCAGUUUUAAUCCCUUGAAUUGCUCCUUUGUAGUAAAAUUUUAGCCCAGCGACUGACACAACUGAUUAUAAAAUGACGCAAAAGGAAAAAGAAGCCAAUGGUAGUUACAAACGUAAUUUAAUUAGUGUGUCGCCAGUGUCGAGUGAAAUUAGUCCACCAAAACCCGAUUUUUUUACGCAUUUGAAACGAUACUGCAUCCACUACUGUGAGUCGACCACAGUUCAUGGAGUUAAAUACGUAGGAGAGCGAGGCCGUCACGUUUUGGAAAAGUUAGCAUGGACUGCGGUAGUCUUCGUCGUUUGCGUGUUUUGCAUUAUGCUGAUACACAAGACUUAUCAAAAAUGGCAACUCUCGCCGGUGAUCGUAACUUUCGCCAGUCAAGAGACGCCCAUUUCGCAAAUACCAUUUCCGGCCGUCACGCUUUGCCCCGAGGCGAAAUUCGAUCCGGAAGUCUUCAACUUUACCCACGCGAUGCUGAUGGAGCAGAGCGGCUUGAAGCUGAACAAGCAAGAUAAAGAGUACCUGCAACUGUCCUAUUUGGUUUGCAGCAGUGCGAUGGACUACAUUGACUUGUUUAAUACGACACUAUGGAAUACAACCUGUUCUCCAGAAGCGAUCGAUAAAUUAGGUGAUGAGAUGCUGCCUUAUUUUGACGUGCUGGGAAUGACAACUGUUAAGUGGAUAGGAAAAUCAUUGAACUUAAACGAGUCUCUAGGAAUAAGUGUCACAUCUGAGGGCUUUUGUUAUACAUUCAAUAUGCUACCUUAUGAAGAGAUUCUUAGAUACAGUGACAACUUUAACAACUCAAUGAAACCCAAAAAUAAAAGUCGAAAGUGGUCGCUCGAAGAAGGUUAUCCUCCAGGCGAAACCUUCGACGCAUUUCCAAGGAGAACCUUUAUGCCAGGACUCGAUGGUGGUUUAACCAUUGACAACAUCUACGUCAACAACAGCCACCUGGACUACCUUUGCGGAGAAUCUUUGCAGGGAUUCAAAGUAGCCCUACACCAUCCCAGCGAAUUCCCUAGCAUGGACAGGCAUUUUCGACUACCUUUAAACCAGGCGGUGGUGGUUGCAAUUAAGCCGCAAAUGAUCACGGUGUCGCCGCAAUUGUGGAACUACUCCCCCAAGGAUAGGAGGUGUUAUUUUGCAAAUGAGAGAUAUUUGGAGAGUUACAAGAUGUACACGCAGCAGAAUUGUCUUCAGGAGUGCGUGGCCAAUUACACUUUCGCUCAGUGUAAAUGCAUUCCAUUUUAUUACGCCUCGCCAGAGGAAAAGAUUACCAUUUGUGGACCUGCCAACAAUGAGUGCGUGAGGCAAAGCAAAUUAAAAUACUUGGAAAUCGAAAGUAGCAAUGGUAAAGAAAGCGAACAGUGCGACUGUUUACCUCUAUGCACUUCUUUGUCGUAUGAAGUUGAAACCUCCCAAACAGAUUGGAGUUGGCAUAACGUAUUGAACAUCUUAAACCAUGUCAAAGGGCUGAACAGGAUAAGGACUGAUUUGGACCCAAAACGGGCACACUUUUCAAAAUUGACAGUUUACUACAAAGACCUGCAGUUCAUGACUUGCGUGAGAAAUGAGCUGUACGGCCUCGUCGACUUCUUUUCAAAUAUGGGCGGGCUCACGGGGUUAUUUAUAGGCUUCUCCGUCGUCUCUGCAAUUGAAAUUGUGUACUUUUGCACCCUUCGAAUUUGGGGUAACAUCAGAAAGUACGGGCAAAACGCGUGGUCGGGGGAACCGGCUACUUAGAUUAAGAUCACAAUAUUGUGUCACAUUUUCCUGCAAUAAACACUACCCGCAA